GAAAACUCCAAAAGCGCGGGUUGAGCCGCAGAGUGAGUUCGACACCGUCAUGACGAUGAACAAGUCCGAAGUCGGCACUUCGUCAUCCCACCGGGUGCUGCUCCCUCCAUCGUCCGCGGAAGCGGCAGCCUCCAUGACGGCAUCCAAUGAUGUGCGACGACGUCCGCUCAGCAAGACCGCGCUUCGCAAGGAAGCGUCGUACGUGUUCAAGUAUCUCCUAUUCGCGCAGGUGACGGUGUACCUUGAAACCGGAACGAUCCCGUGCUUGUUGGACUCGUUUGCCGUCGUGUUCAACAUGAAUGCGCGGGAGCAAGGGUGGCUCGGCAGCGUCGUGUAUAUCUCCCUGUGCGCGGCAUCCCCGCUCAGCGCCAUCGCGUACAAGCACGUGGACGCCAAGUACGUGCUCGGGAUCUCGCUCGUGCUCAACAACCUAUGCGUGCUCGGGUUUGCCAUGACGCCGACGGGGUACGACAACAGCUCAAUCGUGCUCAUCACGAUGCGCGCGUUGAUCGGGUUCACACAGUCGUUCUUGUGUGUGUACACGCCGCUGUGGGUCGACGCGUUCAGUCCGCGGGGGAGUGUCGCUGGAUGGAUGAGCUACCUCCAAGGAAGCGUGCCGCUAGGGGUCAUGUUCGGGUACCUUUUUGGCUCCGUGAGCAACUGGCUAAGCACGGACAUGUGCUUCUUCCAGUGCUGGCGGUGGCCAUUCCUCCUCCAGUUUGUGCUCGUGGUACCCCUCAUGAUUGGCGUGUUCUUUGUGCCGACGGAGCACCUCAACAUCAUCAUGUCCACGCGUAAGAAGCAGCCCCUACCCAUCCCCGACAAGGCGCUUCCACGGCCGCCUUCCUUCAACACCACCACCCAUGACGUGGCAGAGCGACAGCACACCCACCCCGUCAUGCUCGAGGAGAUGGUGCUUCCCCGGCGGUCCACGUCCUACUCCAACUUGUCCUUUCGCAGCAAUGCCGAGUUGAACCCAGCGCAGUUUACUGCCAUUCGAGCGUCAUACACGACCCCUCGGUUCCGCAUGGACUCGUACGAUAUUGACUUCGUCGACGACCCCGAGCUGGUCUCCAGUAGUUCUCACCAUCACAAUCCUCCUCACCAUGUUCCGAAUGCCCCCAUGUCCCUGCCAACCUACGGCACAACAUCGAACACUUUGAUGGAGCCUGUGACCACCCCUAGCUCCUCCCUUCCGCACUCGGCUCCACCGGAGAUCCCCCCGCCCCCGCCACCGUUCAAAUCGGCGCCAUCUCUGCAUGAAACUACAUUGCCUUCUUCCUUAACGCAAGCCGGGGUAGUGCGGCCGCCAACAACUGUGCCCGUGCUUCGGACGACAUCAUCGCGCCGAUCCUUUCGCGGGUAUCGCGCGUGUUCCAGCCGCGUGAUCAUGGACGAAUUCGAUGAAGAUGAACAAGAAGAAGAUGAUAUAGAUGUGGACAUGGGGUUCUUCCACAGCUUACGGGUGCUGCUCCUUCGGCCGCUCUUUACUCUGAUCGUACUCGGCCUCAGCGCCAUCUACUUCGUCGUGACCGGCGUCCAGUUCUGGUCCACCAUAUACCUCCAGCGCAACUUCAACGCAUCUGUGGUGAUUGUCAACGGGCUUUUUGUUGUCGUCGCUGGCACUGGUCCGAUCUGGGGCGUGUUCUUUGGAGGCGCACUCAUCGACCGCGCGGGCGGGUACAUGGGGCUCCACCAACGCGCAAAAGCGCUGGGUAUUUGCGUGUGCCUGGGGUUUGUGGCGUUUUCCCUGGGAAUAGUGACCACAUUCCUCCCAAAUCUGUAUCUAACUGCCGCCAGCUUGUGGCUGGUUUUGUUCUUUGGCGGGUCCAUCCUUCCAUCCUGCACGGGGAUUUUUAUCAGCGCCACGCCAGUCCAUCUGCGGUCGCUCGCGUCCUCCGUGUCAGUUAUGGUGUUUAACCUGCUCGGGUACGCGUUGGCACCGGCGUUGACAGGGUCGUUCAUGGAACUGAUCCACAACAACCAGGAUGACCCCCAUAGUUAUUGGUAUGAGUGCGAUGAAGCGUGUAUGUAUCGCGUGGGCUUUCGCUGCUGCCUCGCGUGGAGUGUAUGGUCUUUGCUGGCCAUGUUAGCGGCGUACAUUGUGGCCAAGCGGCAAGCGGCGGCGGCUAUUCGGACUGGGGAACCCCCGCAGCAUCACAUACAACGACCUGUGAAGGCGGCUAUGAUCAUGCACUAAUCAUACGUAGUAGGAGUUAGUCUCUAGUUAGACGAGUUUUGCUUUGACGAGAGAUUAUUGAAUAGGUAAAGAUAGAAAAGUACAAAGAUCAUGAUAAAGAUGCCCAACUACACCACGUAGAUACUAGUACUAC